UGCAAAAUGACAGAGGCCAUCUCGCCGUUGUUUAGGGAUUCUAAUGUUUGUUUACUUAAUCUUCAUAGCAUAUGCAUUUCCCAUUAUCCUUUCCUUUUCGGAGAUUUAAAACCACUCGGCCGAAAUGACAUGUCUUCACUUUCACACGAUGGAUCUCUUUGUGGUAGGUUUUUUUCGGAGGGCCUUAUUGUGGGUGUGUUCUCUAUUUGCAGUUUUUGUGUUCCGUUGUUGGUACAAAUACAGGAGCCUAGACAAUAAGUGUAGUGGGAUGCCUAGGUUCCUAUAUGGUUCGCUAUUCGAGUACGUGAAGCAUUUGAGAAGUAUAACCUGUGUCGGAGAUAUUCCAACUCUAAGUAUUAUAUUUCAGAUGACCUGCGGCUACUGCGAGGUUUUCAGAAAGCAGCAACUGUUUUUUAUUAGUCUACCAUUUAAGCCUUACAUUGUUUUAUUCAAUGCAAAAUUGAUUAAGAGUGUGAUUAACCACCCAGCAUGUCUGGACAAAGCAGAAAAAUAUUCCUUGUUGUCCUGCAUAUUCAAAGAAGGCUUAGUUACCAGUAAUGGUAUGAAAUGGAGCAAACGACGGAAAGACAUUAAUCCAACAUUUCAUUCUGAAGUGCUUCGCAGCUACAUUCACAUAUUCAACGAACAAGCAGCCAAACUGGUGAAGAAAAUGAGUGAUCUUCUGCAUCUGCCUCACGUCGAAGUAGACACUUUGCUUUCCCAAUGUGCACUGGAUAUCAUUUGUGAAACAGCGAUGGGAUACAAGUUGAAUGCGCAAGAUGGAAACGGCGAAGCCAAACGUUAUACGGAAGUUAUACAUAGGGCUGCAAAACUCAUCGUUGAAAGAGUGUUUCAGCCAUGGACUUACCAUGAUGACUCUUACUUCCGUUUUUUUCCCAAAGGAAGGGAGUUGAAACAACUGGCCGAUGUAAUGCAAAAUUUCUCAAGAAAGGUUAUUGAAGAGAAAAAAGCUAGUCUUCUAGAGCAAGCGAAAGACAGUAUAGCAAACAACAAUUGCACGGAUGAAGACAAAUUAUCAAAGAAAAGGAGUGUGUUUUUGGAAUUCUUACUAGAACAUCAUUUAAAGAAUCCAAGUUUUACGUUAAAUGAUGUACAAGAAGAAGUAUGCACUUUUAUGGCUGCGGGCCACGACACGACUGCCAUCACUUUGAGAUGGGUUCUCCUCUUGCUCGGACUUCAUCCUGACAUUCAAGAUGCUGUGAUUCGAGAGUUGGAUUCUGUUUUCGGAAGCGAUCCUCUGAAGCCAGUGACGCACGAUGACAUCAACGAACUAAACUACAUGGAUUGCGUCAUUAAGGAAACCUUAAGGUUAUAUCCCCCCUUGCCUAUAAUAGGAAGAGAAGUUACUGGGGACAUUGAAAUUGAGGAGGAACCUGUCUGCCAAGAUAGUCCCAAAGAUGUUCUAUCGGUUUCAGGUCUGGGGAUCGAGCUGGCCAUUCCAUUCAUAAAACACAUAAUACCCAAAGGAAGUGUUGUAGUUUUCCACAUUUACAUGCUUCAUCGUGACCCUGAAGUUUUUGUCAACCCCAGAAAGUUUAAUCCGGCAAGAUUUCUACCCGAGAACAAUGCCGACAGAUCUCCAUGCGCUUUCAUUCCAUUUUCUGUUGGACACAGAAAUUGCAUUGGUCAGCGAUUCGCAAUGAUGGAGCUAAAAGUCAUACUCAGUCACAUCCUGAGGAACUUCACGGUGACUUCUCUUGACCAGAGAGACAAGAUCCCACUCACUUGGGAAAUCAGCUUGAUGAACUGCAAGCCAAUACGGUUGCGCCUGAACGGCAGACAUUUGAAACAGUAG